GCGAGCAGGCCGGUGGCGUCGAGCAGGAAGGCGGCGGCCAGCAGCAGCUCCCGGGAGGCGCCGCUCCCCGCCCCGCCACAAGCGCGCCAGCGCGGGGGUACCCGGCGCGCAGAAGAAGCAGCACCAGGCAGUCGCGCCGCCCUGGCUCGGCAGCUCGCCCUCUGGCGGCUGCGGAUGCACCGGCGGGCCGCCAGGCGCGCCCGCGGGAGCGACGGGAACGAGCAGCAGCUCCAGCAGGUCCCCCAGCAGCGCCCAGAGCGCGGGGGCGGCCUCGGGCCAGCCGUGGGGCGCUCCGCGCGGCGGAGCUGCUCCGCCGUCACGUGGCCGAUGCCGAAGUGCCGCAGCGCCAGGCACGCGAACUCCGCGGCCUCCCCCGCCGCGCGGCCCGGCGCCGCCUCCACGGCGGGCGCCAUGGCUGCACACCGAUUGGGCGUUGCUUCCAACGUCCGAACUGGGGCAGGCCCUGCUGCUCUGGCCGGG